AUGACCGCCUCAGCCCUCAAGUCCAAACCAGCUGGCCCUAAGCAGGCUGCCAACAAAACUCGUCGGCCUGCAGCAAAGCGAAGAACUUCAGCAGUCGACCCAGCAAGGGUUGAGCAACUCUUUGGAGUGGAGAUCGAUUUCAUUCCUAACUCAUUGUUCUCAGCCGCGGAUGUUGAUGAACAGAUUCCGCGAGAGGAUGAACUUCUGGCAGUUCAGAACGAAUUGAACUCCACGAAGGAAUUGCGGGACUUGCCCGGUCAUUUGGCGAGGCUGUGCGAAUCAAAACUUCUCUCGGCCGACGAAGAGAUGCGGCUAUUCCGCAGAAUGAAUUAUUUGAAAUACAAGGCCCACUCGGCCCGAGAGCAGAUUGAUCGCAAGAAGCCCACUAAAAAGUUGGUACAAGAAGCUGAGCGAGCGCUAGAAGAAGCCGACGCGAUUCGUGAUCGUAUACUGCAGUCAAACACACGUCUCGUGAUGUCGAUCGUGAAAAAGUUUGUCAGCCCUCAGCAUUCUUUCGACGACCUGCUUAGCGAUGGAAUUUAUUCCCUGAUGCAGGCGGCCGACAAGUUUGAUUACGACCGCGGGUUCCGCUUCAGCACUUACGCCUAUCGUGCGAUCGCUCGAAACACUUACCGGAAAAUCAACGAUCACAAGCGAGAAGGGUCUCGUUUUGCGGUGAAUUCAGAAGAAGUGAUUGUGUCUGCUCCGGAUGAGAGUAGCUCGUCCUCCGUUUACGACGAGGCGUGGGAUCGUUUGCGUGGUGUGUUGGCCCAAAUGAUGGACCGCCUGGAUCGCCGUGAGCGAUUCAUCAUUCGCAGCCGCUAUGCGUUGGGUGCGCACCGGAAGGUGCGAACCUUCCAAUGCUUGGCCGACAAGCUUGGUGUCUCGAAAGAGCGUGUUCGUCAGCUGGAGCAGCGUGCGGUGGCUAAGUUGAAGGCGUUUGCUGAAGAGCAAGCCACCGAGGAGUUCGUGAGCCCGAUGUUUAGCUAG